AUGGCUCGUGAUGAGGAUGAAGCGAGACGACUAGACGAGCAAUUCGACCUCUUGACCGAAAACAUAGGCUACCUAAUCCACCCAACCCUCACCCCCCACCUCCCCCCAAACGCACACAUCGCAGACCUCGCAACAGGCACAGCCCUCUUCCUUCAACGCCUCGCAAGUACAAACCCAACCUACACCCUCCACGGAAGCGACAUCUCACCAGCCCUCUUCCCUCCCGCCUCCACACUCCCUCAAAACAUAACACUCACCACCCUCGACAUCCGCCAACCUCCCCCAGCUCACCUUCUCCAGAAAUACGAUCUUGUCCACGUUCGACAGCUCUCAGCCGGCCUCGAAGCAAGCGACUGGCCCGCCGCAAUCGCCCACGCCGCUGCGCUAGUACGACCAGGCGGGGCGCUGCAAUGGGAAGAAUGUGACUUCCUAAGCGUGCGGCACAUGCGCGGGGGGGUGGAGAACAGUGUGGAUGCUGCAGGGCACAUGGGAGAUGUGUUCAAAGAUGCGUUGAGGGAGAGGUUUGCGCAUGGGUGGAAUUGUUUGGAGAGGGGGAUGAGGGACGCCGGCGCUUACGAGGAAUGGGUUGGGGGUAAUUGA